AAUCUAUAUAUUUUAAUGAGGAUUAUUGAUCAAGUUCUAGCCUCUCUCAAAUACCCCGCGUCGUUUUCCGGCGAAGUAGCGAACUCUCUUCCCCUGCCUUUGAACUCCCACGUCAUAGUAUUCGAUCCUGCUCCUGCUUUGUUCCCAAAUAUGUCAAACCCAUUACAGAGGUACCAAAAACUGCGCUUGAAGGAGUCUCUGUCAAGAAUCUACCGAUACCCAAUAGCCUGCAAGGAGCUCUGCUUCAUUCUUAGAAGCGCUUACAACAAACUACCCAAAAAUUUGCAAUCCCUUAUUUUCCAGGAUACCCUCACCGCCUUUCAUCUCCUUCCUCAAAUGCAGACAAGUAAGGCUGUAUCAGCAGCCCAUCUUCUCCAUCAGAGUGCAGAGGCUGCAUUGCCAAAGCAAAAGAGGAAUCUAGCCAUCACAGAAUUUAAGCAAGCGAUGGUUGCUCAUAAGAGACGUUAUAAAGCCCGCCAAGAAGAAAAAGGUUCUGCACAACUUCCACAAGAUGUUCUAGUGCACAUUUUCAGUUUUCUAGAUAUUCAGUCUUUGGUGUCGGUUGGACUAGUCUGCUGGUCAUGGAAUUUGGCAGCAAAUGAGGACUAUUUGUGGCAGUCGCAAUAUGCUUCAGUUUUUUGUAAUUCUGAUAAAUGCUUGAAGUGGAAGGGGCAUCAGAGUGAAAGACCAGAUGAAGAUCAAGAAUAUGUACUUUUACAGGACAUGGCUACAAGAAGUGUUAUUGACUGGAGAGAGGCCUUCAAAAGAGCCUAUUUAGGAAAUGCAUCGAAGAAGCUAACAUCUAAUCGGGGAUACUGUGGACAUUGUGACACUAUAGUUUGGAUCAAUAACAUGAAAUGCUCUGAUGGAAAUCACGGACUAAAUUCCAAAAGUCAGCAAGUAAAACCUAUUUCACCUCGCCAGGUUGCAGAGUAUAUUUUGGAUGAUUCUUUAAAAUUCAUAUCUUCUUCAGAUAGUGAUAGUGAUUCAGAUGAAGGGCCAAUUUCCAGGUUAUGGGCCUAUCCCAGACACAUGAGCAGACUCCAACGGAAGCCUUCUCAGUGAAAUGGCAAUCCUUUCAUUUUGUAUUUUUUGACAUGAUGAAUGUCUUAAUGAAGAUACUGUACAGAACUGAUCACAGGUUUCUAAAUCUUCAGUAUAGAAUUAGCAUGAGGAAGGGAACUCUUUGUUGGUGAUUUCUCUUGUCAGAAAUUGUUCAGAUUAUGAUGAGCUACUUACUAUAUUUGUACCGACUUAUUUUAUUUCA